CAGGGUUUUUUUUCCUCUUUUGUUUUUAUUUUUUUGCAUGCCAAGAUUUAGUUAUUCCAGUAGCUGAGGUUUACAAUUUUGUAACGAUUUUCCAUAUGAAGUACUUUAAAAAAAUCUUCCUACAUUAAUCGGUGACUAGUUGUAUAGUGUUAAUAGAUUUUUAUGAAGUCAGCCACUAGCCUCCUAUAUGGAUUAACUAACAAAACUGUAGGUAAAUAGCAUUAACAUUUGUGAGAAAUUUCAAGAGAUUAAAUCAGUGAGUUUGGAAUAAGUAGAUAAGAAAAAGACAAAAGCAAUUACUCUUAAAACUGAUCUUUUUCACAAGAGUACAGAGAUGACUACACAUAUAUAUUGCUAGGGGGUCCAGAAGUAAUUGCAGAAAGAAAAAGUACUCCUGGCCUAAAAAUUUGACUGCAAUGUUUCUAUUUCCUGAAACAUUUUCAUUCAUAAUCUCCAGGCAGAUUUUUGAUACUCUGGUCAUAACUAAUUACAGUUGUUCAUUCAGUAUUUCUGCAAAGCAAGAAAAUGUCAACAAUUACGUACCAUUCUGUUAAAUUAUUGGUGAUAUUUGUUAAUGCUUCACCAUGAAUAUUCUGUUCUGGGCACUGGUAUGAAGGACAACAUACUCAACCAAGUAAAAGACCUAGACCUUACCUCAUGGGAUUUUAAAGCUGAUGGCAACAUUAUGCAUAUUUUAUAUAUUCGUAGGAAAACCUCUAGGUAUAACAAUAGGAGCAAAAAAUUUUCUGAAUUUGCAAUCCUACUGUAAAUGAAGUUCAGAUUUCCCAAGAGGUAGCAUUAUAGCAGCAAGGUUGCAAAUUGUACUUUGAAGACCAUUGAUGGAGUAUAUCUUGUAAGCAUGCGUUCUUGUGUAUGUACCCAUCUGUCAUAGCAGUUCAAAUAUAGGGGAAGAAAGGCUAUAAUUAUAUUUGCAUAAAAUGGUUGGCUAAUAAAGAAAUGCAAUCCUAGCACUUCAAAUUUUUAAUCCAUUUAAAAUAUAGUUAAGAGCUGAUAUAUAUGUCAAUGAAUAUCCUAAGAAACCCUGUAGUUUACCUGCCAACAUGUAACGAUGUAUUGAAUCAAUAACCAGUAUGGAAAUUGCAAGAGUUCCUUAUCAAAAGAUAAGAGCUUAAAUUUUAGUGUUAAGCACACAUAGCAAUAUAGUAAAUGCUGUGCUUCACUAGAAGGUGUUGUGCAGAUGGCCUUUUAAUCUCCACAAUUUAUAUUUUAUUUCCUAGACUUGCACAUGAAGUGCAUAUGUUCAUAUUUACCCAGUUUGGAGAUGGGUAAGAUACAGCCAACAUAACUGCAUCUCCAUGGCCAUCUUUUAUUUCAUGCCACUGUCCUUUUUCCUGUCCAAGGGAAAGAAAGAACAUUCUUAAUAAACAGCUGUCAUGUCUCACCCCAUGUGUUCAGUGAUACAAAAUCUCUUAUAUAAAAUACGUACAGUCUUUGGAAUACUUGUUUAUCUGGUAAAUUAACCAUGUUUAUAGAAUUACUUUCUCUUUAACUAUCCAUCAUAGAAACUAAAUUCUGCCUUCAUUUUGUUAAUACUUAUUUGCCUUUGGUUUUGUUUAGGAAACCCCACCUGUUUCCUAAUACUCAGAGCUGAUUGCCUCUCAGCGAGCCAUGGUCAGAUCAUCUUUUUCUCAAGAAUACUGACCUGCAUUCUUGAUAUAUUCCCCCUAGUUCCCAUCUUGCAGGUGCUCUUAAAGGAAAAAAAUGCACGCACUUCACUAACAGAAUACUUUCCUAUGUCUAAAGUUCUUCACCUAGAAAUUAAUCUUUGCUGUUAUUAAUAAUAUCCCUUCUCACAGUUCUGGAGCAUAUAACUGGGUGAGUUGGAUACAUAUCUCAGAAUUUUUUUUAUCCCUCACUUUUCUGCUCACAUGGCACCACGUGAAACUUCAUAUUUUAUUCCUGCCAAGUUUCUAUAUGGUGUAUUUUCAAGCAGGAAAAGUGUAUAUUACUUGAAGCAAACAGUAUGCAUUAUUUGACUCCAUAAGAGACCCUUUGAUCUCUUAAGACUGAGUUAGGUGUGGUGUCCUUAGAGUUUCUAAUUUGUGAAUCUCUGCUCUGAUUAAUUAAAUGACAUAGUCUAUUAUUCUGCAAAGUCAUACAUUGCAUUCCUUAUCUUUCAAAAUUCCCCAAAACCUAAUCAAAGUUUUUUUCCCCAAAAAAACUUGAAUUUUAUCCUUUGCCACCUACACCUUUUUAUUGCUAAGUAAAGGAUUACAUUAAAUUUAUAAAUUUGAACACAUUUGUAAUUGUUUUAUGUUACUAAAUUGUGCCUGAACUGUUUAUUUUCCACUCAGUGAGAGUACAGAAAGAUACUUAACCAAGCUUCUCGCUAAGCCUGGGUACUUACAAUCUCAUGUAAUUUUCUUUAAAGGUGGAAUGUUAUCCUGGUUUACAAACCAGUUAGGCAUAUUGGAAAGAGCACAGGCUUUGGAGUCAGACAUUGUUUCAAAUCCUGGCUCUGACAGUGUGUGACCUGGGCGAAGUCACAUAAUCACACCACCUUAAUUUACCCUUCUGUAAACAUGGGGUGCUAUUUACCAUGUUUAAUAGUUGCAGAGUAAAUGAAUUAAUAUAUAAAGCACCUGGCAAAUAAUGGGAAAUUCAAAAUGGUAACUACUACUACUGUUACUGUUUGUCACUAGACUUAACAAAACUUCUGAGUACAGCUUUGAUUAUUUUGAAGUUCUAUUGUAUUACCAUGCAGCUGUUAAAUACUUGUGUCCUUGAUAUGCUUGCAUGUCCUUGGUGGAUGAGAAAUUAUUACUCUGAUAUUUGAAAGGCGUUUGGGGGUUCAUCAAGAUGAGAGGUAUGAUAAAUAUAAGAUGCCAUUGUUUUUACCUGUACUUUCUUCAGGGUAUCCUGUCUUGGUAGUGAAUGGAAGAGGGCCUGGUCCCUGGGGCAGUGCAGAAGGCACUUUCAUCAUCUCACUCACUGCAAAUGUCAUGUGAGGUUUCAUGGAAGUAUUAAGAGAUCCAAUUAAGAAGAAUAGUUCUGAGUCUAAAGCAGCCCAGAGUGGCUUCUCUAGGGGAAACUCCCCGCUCAGCUGCCCUGAAUCUGUGGAGGCUAGUCCAGCAGUUAAUGAGAAGAGCGUGUAUUCCACUCAUAAUUAUGGGACCACUCAGAGGCAUGGGUGUCGAGGACUGCCUUACGCUGAUCAUAAUUACGGAGCCCCUCCUCCUCCGACACCUCCUGCUUCUCCCCCUGUCCAGACGAUCAUCCCUCGUUCUGACCUGAAUGGCCUGCCGUCGCCCGUAGAGGAACGCUGUGGAGACAGCCCGAACUCUGAAGGAGAGACUGUUCCUACCUGGUGUCCUUGUGGUCUUUCUCAGGAUGGCUUCCUUCUCAACUGUGACAAGUGCAGGGGAAUGAGCAGGGGGAAGGUUAUUAGACUUCAUCGGCGGAAGCAGGACAACAUAUCAGGUGGGGAUAGCAGUGCAACAGAAAGCUGGGAUGAGGAGCUUUCUCCUUCCACUGUGUUGUAUACAGCAACACAACACACACCUACAAGCAUCACCUUAACUGUUAGAAGAACCAAACCCAAGAAGCGGAAAAAGAGUCCAGAAAAGGGUCGUACAGCACCAAAGACAAAGAAAAUCAAGGCAUUUCGAGAGGGAUCCCGGAAGUCCUUGCGGAUGAAGAAUUCGCCUUCUGAAGCACAGAAUUUAGAUGAGAAUACAACUGAGGGAUGGGAAAACCGGAUAAGACUAUGGACUGAUCAGUAUGAAGAAGCUUUCACUAAUCAGUACAGUGCAGAUGUACAGAACGCCCUUGAACAACAUCUACAUUCUAGCAAGGAGUUUGUGGGCAAGCCUGCUGUUUUAGACACGAUCAAUAAGACUGAAUUGGCCUGUAAUAAUACAGUUAUUGGUUCACAAAUGCAGCUACAGUUGGGAAGAGUCACUCGUGUUCAAAAGCACCGGAAGAUUCUGAGGGCUGCAAGAGAUUUGGCUUUGGACACUCUUAUAAUAGAAUAUCGAGGGAAAGUCAUGUUACGACAGCAAUUUGAGGUCAAUGGGCAUUUCUUCAAAAAACCAUACCCCUUUGUGCUCUUCUACUCAAAAUUCAAUGGUGUAGAGAUGUGUGUGGAUGCACGUACUUUCGGUAAUGAUGCUCGGUUCAUCAGAAGAUCGUGUACACCAAAUGCAGAGGUGCGACAUAUGAUUGCAGACGGGAUGAUUCACCUGUGUAUCUAUGCUGUGUCUGCCAUCACCAAGGAUGCUGAGGUCACCAUAGCAUUUGAUUAUGAAUACAGUAACUGCAGUAAUUAUAAAGUGGACUGUGCAUGUCACAAGGGGAACCGGAAUUGCCCUAUACAGAAAAGGAAUCCCAGUGCUUUGGAACUGCCACUCCCACCUCCUCCAAGCCUACCCAUCAUCGGAGCAGAGACUAGACGGAGAAAAGCACGGCGGAAAGAGCUAGAGAUGGAGCAGCAGAAUGAGGCUCCAGAAGAGGAGACCAACCCACAGCCAGAACAAGCUUCUGAGAAAGUGACUGUAUCCAGUGACCAUGAGGAAAUAGACAAUCCAGAAGAAAAAGCAGAAGAGAAAGAAGAGGUUACAGAUGACCAGGAGAACCCAGCUCAUAGCAGGAGGACCCGGGAGGACAGGAAGGUUGAAGCCAUCAUGCAUGCUUUUGAAAACUUGGAGAAAAGAAAGAAGCGGCGGGAUCAGCCCUUGGAACAAAGCAACUCUGACAUAGAAGUUACUACCAUCGCUUCAGAGAUGCCUACAGAGGAAGAGACAAAACCUGAAGCCCCUGAGUCUGAUGUUAGCAACUCUGUUUCAAACGUGGCCAUUCUAAGCACCCCGCAGAGUGUGGGCGUGAACACCCGGAGGUCUUCCCAAGCUGGGGAUAUUGCUGCAGAAAAACCAGUCCCUAAACCACCUCCAACAAAGCCUUCUAGGCCCCGACCGAAGAGUCGAAUUUCUCGGUAUCGGACCAGUUCAGCCCAAAGACUAAAGCGUCAGAAGCAGGCCAUUGCACAGCAGGCAGAGUUGUCACAAGCUGCCUUGGAAGAGGGAGGAAAUAACAGCUCAGUAACUCCUACUGAAGCUGGAAGUAUAGACACUUCAGGAGAAAACAGGCAAUUAACAGGGUCUGACCCAACAGUGAUAUCAGUUGCUGGAUCCCAUGUCAACCGCGCUGCAUCUAAAUACCCCAAAACCAAAAAGUAUCUAGUUACAGAAUGGUUGAAUGACAAAGCAGAGAAGCAAGAAUGUCCUGUUGAGUGCCCUUUACGUAUCACCACGGACCCAACUGUACUGGCAACAACCCUGAACAUGUUACCUGGUCUUAUCCAUUCCCCGUUAAUUUGCACCACCCCCAAACACUACAUUCGCUUUGGCUCACCCUUUAUCCCUGAGAGGCGUCGAAGGCCCCUUCUGCCUGACGGCACAUUCAGCUCCUGUAAAAAGCGCUGGAUAAAGCAAGCCUUGGAAGAAGGGAUGACACAAACAUCAUCUGUACCCCAAGAGACUAGAACUCAGCACCUAUACCAAAGUAAUGAGGAUAGUAAUUCUUCUAGUAUCUACAAAGACAAUGCAGACUUGUUGAGCCCAUUAAAGAAAUGGAAGUCUCGUUAUUUGAUGGAGCAGAAUGUCACCAAGUUACUGCGGCCUCUUUCUCCAGUCACACCACCCCCUCCCAAUCCAGGCUCAAAGAGCCCCCAGCUGACCACACCUGGCCAGUCUCACCCAGAAGAGGAAUGUCGAAAUGGAUACAGCCUCAUGUUCUCACCAAUCACGUCUCUUACUACUGCCAGUCGCUGCAGUACUCCUCUGCAGUUUGAGAACAUAUCCUCCCCUGAGAGUUACCCUGCGAAUAGGCCCGAGUCCCUGUCACCUGAGCUUUGUCACCGAAAAGACUUGGACUUGACAAAAGUAGGCUACCUUGACUCCAACACUAACAGCUGUGCUGACAGACCUUCCCUGAUCAACUCAGGUCAUUCUGACCUGGCUCCUCAUCCCUCCAUCGGGCCCACCUCUGAGACUGGCUUUCCAAGCAGGAGUGGGGAUGGACAUCAGACCCUUGUGAGAAACUCGGACCAGGCAUUUCGGACAGAGUUUAACUUAAUGUAUGCCUAUUCCCCAUUGAACGCUAUGCCUCGAGCUGAUGGAUUAUAUCGAGGGUCUCCCCUCGUAGGGGAUAGGAAGCCUUUACAUUUGGAUGGGGGAUAUUGUUCCCCGGCAGAAGGGUUUCCCAGCAGAUACGAGCAUGGCUUUAUGAAAGACCUCUCUCGUGGAUCCAUGUCACCCGGUGGUGAAAGGGCUUGUGAAGGAGUCCCAUCUGCCCCCCAGAACCCACCACAGAGGAAAAAGGUAUCCCUGCUGGAGUACCGCAAACGGAAACAAGAAGCCAAGGAGAAUUCUGCCGGUGGGGGAGGUGACUCUGCACAGAGCAAAAGCAAGUCUGCAGGAGCUGGGCAAGGCAGCAGUAACUCACUCUCUGACCCUGGUGCCCAUGGUGUACAGGGAUCCUCAGCCCGAACCCCAUCUUCCCCUCACAAAAAGUUCUCCCCAACUCAUUCCUCUCUGUCCCAUUUGGAGGCAGUAAGCCCAUCUGAUUCCAGAGGCACUUCAUCUCACUGCAGACCUCAAGAGAAUAUCAGCAGUAGGUGGAUGGUUCCUACAUCAGUAGAAAGACUCCGAGAAGGAGGGAGCAUCCCCAAAGUCCUCCGAAGCAGUGUGAGGGUGGCCCAAAAAGGAGAGCCUUCUCCCACGUGGGAGAGUAACAUCACAGAGAAAGACUCAGACCCUGCAGAUGGAGAAGGCCCGGAGACACUGAGCUCAGCACUCUCUAAAGGAGCAGCCGUUUACAGCCCUUCCAGAUACAGCUACCAGCUCCUGCAGUGUGACAGUCCGCGGACAGAAUCACAAAGCCUCCUUCAACAAAGUUCCUCCCCCUUUCGAGGACAUCCCACCCAAUCUCCAGGAUACAGUUACCGAACUACUGCACUGAGACCUGGGAAUCCCCCCUCUCACGCUUCUUCAGAAUCCUCUCUCUCCUCCACAUCCUAUUCCAGCCCCGCCCACCCUGUGUCCACAGACUCGUUGGCCCCAUUUACGGGGACACCAGGGUAUUAUAGCAGCCAGCCACAUUCUGGAAACAGCACGGGCAGCAGUCUUCCAAGGAGGAGCUGCCCGUCUAGUGCUGCUAGCCCUACCCCACAGGGCCCCACAGACUCACCGACCUCAGACUCGGUUUCCCAGUCCAGCACAGGAACUCUGAGUUCCACCACCUUUCCUCAGAACUCUAGGUCAUCAUUGCCAUCAGACUUACGGACUAUCAGUCUGCCCAGUGCCGGGCAGUCCGCUGCCUACCAGGCCUCCAGGGUAUCUGCGGUUUCCAGCUCACAGCACUACCCGCACCGCGGGGGUGGGGGUGUGCACCAGUACCGGCUCCAGCCGCUGCAAGGGUCGGGAGUCAAGACUCAGACGGGACUUUCCUAGGGCUUCUGGAUUUGGGCAAACAGAACUAAUUGAGCCCAUAGCUGCUUCCUUCCAGCUGCCUCUGGAACCUAGGCCAAGCAGAUUGCUGGGGAAGGGGGUACAAGGUGCCAGAGGAUUGGGUCUGGUCGACAAGAAACAAGACUUGUGGUCGCGACUGGCUCUGGCCUUGGAGAAAGAUGUAAAUCUUGUCUGAAGCAGAGACUAUAAAGAAGUUUCUCCCUGCUGUUAAGGGUACAUUGUUGACAAGCAAAUGGUGUUUCGGUUAGUAACGGUUCUAAGUGCAAUGAGUGUGUUGAAGCCUCCGUCUCCCAUCGUUGCCUGUAGCCUGUAGUCACUUGUGCAGUGAGGACAUCUUUUUAAAUCCAAAAAAAAGUUUUCUUUCAAAGGGAAAAAAAAAACGAAAAGAGCCAAUCUCAAAGCCCCAAGCCAUCUGAGUAGUGUUAGGGUUUUAUGCACUUAAGAAAAAGGUAGGUAUGUAAAUGUUCACCUAACACAACCAUUCCAAAAGCAGAUAUAUGGCCAAGACAUGUCCACCAGGAAUGUUUCUACCUUUGUCUUAAAAUCACCAAGAAAUAGGCAGGGAUAAUGAAGCUUGGAAUGUGCUCUGACCAAGGAGUACCUUGCUCUCUGAAGAAGAGCUGGUGGUCAACUCUUGAUUAUUCAGGAGCAGAUUAUCCUAGUAGAUUGUCUGAGUCCCCAGCUGUUACCAUUCCCAUCCCCCUCCCCAAACUAUUUCACAGCUCAGUAACCCAUGGAGUAAGUAGGCAAAGAGAAAUGAUAAGUAAGAUGGGCCAAUUUGCAUUGCUACGUAUCAGCUGUUGGCAAUAAAUUUGAUUAGGAAGGACCCCAAGUGGUUUGGGAAUUCUUUGAAUUUUAUUUUUUCUACUCCCAAUUAAUCAGGAGGUGACGAUCCCAUGAGUAGGACCGCCUCCAUGAUUGGGGAGCAUGCACUCGUGACUGCAGGGUAAGAGUGGAGAUGUGUGUGGAGUGGUGCCGACAGGACUGUGAUUGUGUGUGGGCGUGUCCCACAUUUCUUUGGGGGAUGCUUAUUUGAGAGGGGCACAGGUGCGAGUUACAGAGCCACCCACACACCUAACACUGUUCUGGAUGAGAGAGAAAAGCAGACUGGCUUCUCCCCAUCAGUGCAUUGUGCCUGUUGUACACCCCUGGAGGAGCCCUGGAGCCAGCCCAGGUGGGGUACACAAUCUUUUUAAAUUCCAUACGGUUGCCAGCUUAUUUCUUUCACUUGUUUACUGUAAUAUCCGGCGUGUUUUUAUUUAUCUAAUUUUGUAUUCAGUUAUAACCAUGGUAGGGGUAGCAGAUCUGUGACAGGUGUAAUCCCUGGUGCUGCAGUGGACCUUACUUCUUUUCUUUUGGACAAGAUAAUACUGUGAGUCUCCCUCCUCCCUUCCCUCCAGUUUGUUUCCUCCCCCUUUUCUUCCCCAGCCUCUUGCAUCCCCUUCCUUCUACCCUCCUACAACUAUCAUAUGCACAGUCUUCUCUCUUUGUGUGUGACUGUUACAAAAUUUCACUUUUUCAAAAUUGAAAUCAGGUGUUUGCUCAAAUGAGGGGAGAUUUUUUUUUUAUGCUGAGACCUCAGCAGAAUACUUUUCUUUUUGUUGUUUCCCCCACAAACCCAUCAGUCUGGGAGAGCGUUGGGAGUAGAAAUCAUGUUGCCUGGGAUGCUGGUUUCUUUGUAUAUUAUAUAAAACGUAUGUAAAUGUCUCUCCAUUUGGGCUGGGGUUUGCUUUCUUCCCUUGGCUGUUAACCAAGGGGAGAGGCCAGCGGGCAGGCGGCCCUCACCCUGCCUGGCACGUGCAGAGACCCCAGCUACUCUGUGUGGGCAGGGUGCUGUCAAGACCAGACCUCUGGGGGGGAUGGGGGUGGGGGUGGGGGGAACUCUUGGAAGGGAAGAAGUAUCACUUCUUUCUCAAGUGGAGUGUUUACACCUUGCUGUAACAUUUGAACUUUCACAAGAGAUGUAAUAAUUUUGAUAAUAAAAUUCUUAACCAUAAUAA